CGCCUUCACAGACCUCCGCGAGAGUCGAAGACUAGGAGAGCGAGCAGAAGAACACUGAAGUUGUGUCACUCUGAAAAGCAUGUCGCCUUUUUGCCCGCGGGGACUUUCAUUAGCUAAACAUAGGCGAGUUCGAGGUUACAAAUGACUGACGGGAGCUUUCGUGAAACUUAUUGGAGUCGAUAAAGGAGAUAAACAAUGUCUCGGUGGAUCUGCUGGCUGUUGUGUUUAAUAUGUGAAGUUCAAGCUCAGGAAGAAAACCGGGUGGUUUUCCAGCCGGGAGCUUUUCAGAAUGUCAGCGUGUCGGGGAACGAGACGCUGCAGGCCGUGGCCACCAGGAUCCCCGCCGAGGUCGCCUAUGUCACCGUGCAGUUCCACACGCAACGUCACAACGUUACGCUCUCCUAUAGCACCACCCCAGUGCUUGGUUUGUCAUCAACGGCAGCCGACACGGGCAUCCUGUUACCGCUCCUGCCGGGACAAACGUCCUUCAUUUUGUUCCUCUUCUCUGCCGAUGGAAGCGCAGUCACAGGCACGGGCGUUAUUCUGCCAUUCUCCAGCGCAGACCCCAUACCCGGAGGCUGUAACUUGGAGUUCAACCUGAACGUGGACCCCAACAUCUACCUACGCUACAACCUCUUUGAGACCACCAUCCAAUUCGCGCCAGCUAACCUGGGAUACGCGAGGGGGGGCAAUCCUCCAUCUUGCGACACAUCCACGGGAACAGAAACGCGCUGGCGGCUGCAGUACGACAUUUAUCAGUACUUCCUGCCUGAGAACGACUUUUCGGAGCCCAGCCUCUUCCGCGCCGUCCAGGACGUGGCGGACGUGGACGGAAUGAUGGAGAGCGGGAAACUUAUUGUGACGCUGUCCUCGACAGAAAUGACUACGGCUAUUUUUAGCUCCAUCCCCGGCCAGGGCGUCAUUUACUCAGUCAUCGUUCGAGACCCCGUCCUCAAUACGUCGGCUUCCUACGUCCCGGUCCACACGUACGCUUGCAGCUUCGCCUCCAAGUUGGACAGCUGUCAAACGCUGGGAAAGAUAACCACAAAAAUUUUCUUUACCAUCAUCGGAUUAGCGGGGCUGUUCGUCUGCUUUUUUGGGCAUCGAUUCUUCAAAUCUGAGUUGUUUUGUAUGGGCUUCAGCUUUUCCGCCUUCUUCUUCUUCGUGCUCAUCACCAGGACCACCGGACUGGAUUACGACAUCCGACUGGCCGUGUCGACGGUGAUCGGCGUGGUGGGCGGCGUCCUCCUGGUGAUGAGCUGGUGGCGCUUCGGCUCGGUCUUCGCCUGCGUGGUGGUGGUCGGCCUGAUGCUCGGAUUCUUGCUCGCCGCCACCGUCCUCUUCACUCCCCUCGGUGACCUCGAUGUGUUCAGGCGCUCCGACGCCGUUUUCUGGGUGACCUUCUGCAGCAUCAUGAUCAUGGUCCCGCUCUUCUUCAUGCGUUGGCCCCGAGAGGGUAACAUCACGACGUGCGGCGUCAUCGGCGCCUACGCCGUCAUCCUGGCGGUGAACGCUUACAUCUACACCAGCCUCUCCUACAUCACACUCAACAUCCUCAAGCGCUUGCUCAACAACAACUUCAGCGCCGCGUUCACUGACGUGCCGUUCCAAACCAUCGACUACAUCAUGAUCACCGUCUGGGUGGUGCUGGGCUUCACCGGCAUCGUCCUGCAGCUGUACCGGGAACGCACCCGUCCUUUCUUCCCGCCCAGCCCGUACCUCAUGUGGCUGCAGGAGCGCGAACGGCGCAAGACGAACGUGCUGGACCCGAGCCAUCACUUCCCGCCGCUGCCCAACCGCCUCCUGGCCAGAGCGCGGCAGCUCACCAGGCGGAUGGAGCCGGCCGGAGAGCACACGCCGCUUUUGCUUUAGAGACCAGCGAACCACAGCUGGGUUGCGUUCGAGCGCCACGUCGUGUCGGACGUUCAAGUAGCGAGGAAGCCAGGGGUCAUUCCGUGUCAUGGACUUCAAACGCAUCCCAGUCUUUUUCUCCCACUUCCAGCCACACCUCAAAUUUGGAAGGAAAUGUGAGGGGUGAAGGUGUUUUACAAAAAAUGACCCUCGUUGUUUUGUUUACUAUGUACAGAUCAAGAACAGCAUUACUGAGAAUGAUCCAGACAGAACUGAAGGAAACCGAAUAAUAAUAAUAAUGACAUUGUAGGUUUUUAUGCUUUGGUCACUGCACUCGUCUAUUUGCACUAUAACACAAAAUAGCACAUUUUGUAUCAGCGGUCGUGGAUAGUUUUAAAACUCUGGCUUAUCCUUUAAUUUAAAUAAAUACUUUAAAAUGCACCAGUAAAAAAAAGGCUGAGUCAGUGAGUAA